AUGGUUGUACAUCUUCAAACCAAGCUCACUCUAAGUCCAAUCACCAAGAACAUUCCAACAAGUCACCACCGUCCGUCGCUACUCCGUCUACGUGUCACGUGCUCGGUUACUACCACCACCAAGACUCACUCUAACCGUGAGACUGAGAAGCUUGUGGUGGUGAAUCCUCCUCUGUCCAAUGACCAAACGCUGCAAUCGACGUGGUCCCACCGGUUUUGGGUUGCAGCGGGAUGCACCACUGUGUUUGCUUCUCUACUCAAAUCUAUCACUGGAGGGUUUGCUUCUCAUCUCUGGCUCGAACCAGCUUUAGCCGGUUUUGGUGGGUAUAUCUUAGCAGAUCUAGGCUCUGGUGUGUAUCACUGGGCCACGGAUAACUACGGUAAUGAGUCAACGCCUGUUGUAGGAAUCCAUAUCGAAGAUUCUAAAGGUCACCACAAGUGGCCUUGGACAAUCACCAGACGGCAAUUCGCCAACAAUCUACAUUUUCUUGCUCGAGGCGUAACUUUCACAGUUCUCCCACUAGAUCUUGCGUUUAAUGAUCCUGUGGUUCAUGGCUUCGUGAGCACGUUUGCGUUUUGCGUAUUGUUUUGCCCGCAGUUUCAUGCUUGGGCUCAUGGGACCAAGAGCAAGCUUCCACGUCUCGUGGUGGCGUUUCAGGAUAUGGGUCUUCUUGUUUCGCGGACGCAUCACGUGAAUCAUCAUCGAGCAUCGUAUAACAACAAUUACUGCGUGGUGAGUGGCGUUUGGAACAAGGUUUUGGAUGAGAGUAACUUCUUUGAGGCAUUGGAGAUGGUCUUGUAUUUACAGCUCGGGGUUAGACCGAGAUCAUGGGCCGGGCCAAACUCCGAAUGGUCAGAAGAAACCGUCAUCUCCAACAACAACAAUUAA